CUACAACAACAACAUGGCAGAUGACUUGAGAACAAGGAUGAUGGGUGGACGAGAGAGGGAAGAUGGGGUGAUGAAGACAAUGAUACUGUUCAGUCUAGCAAUGUUGUUUUUCCCAGUAUUUCUAUAUUUCUUUAGUAAAAGAAUGUUAUUUGAAGUAUUUUUUGGUAUGAGCAGUCAGGACAGUUACUUCUAUGCAGCAUUUGUAGCCAUAGCAACAGUACAUAUAAUACUUGGAAUGUUUGUUUACAAAGCAUUUACAGAAGAAACAAGUUCAACACCUAAAGUGGACUAACACACAAUGUGUUAUAGGCAUACAAUCAUGGGUUCAAUUCAUUCCUGUAUUAUACUGGCAUCUCAUCAGAGCAAUUUUAGCUUGUAUACAGUCUUCUGUAGAUAUAUGGAUAAAUGAGCCGUGCCAUGGGAAAACCAACAUAGUGGCUUUGUGACCAGCAUGGAUCCAGACCAGCCUGCGCAUCCGCGCAGUCUGGUCAGGAUCCAUGCUGUUCACUAACCGUUUCUCUAAUUGUAAUAGGCUUUGAAAGCGAACAGCAUGGAUCCUGACCAGACUGCGCAGAUGCGCAGGCUGGUCUGGAUCCAUGCUGGUCGCAAAGCCACUAUGUUGGUUUUCCCAUGGCACGGCUCAAAUUAUGAUUCAGUGACUGUACAUAGAGUUGAUGUCAUUACAUUUUAUGGUUGAUACUUGUCUUUUGAUGUCAUUUUAACUUUAGGAACUGUUACUUUGUGUUACUAUAAUUAGUUAAUAUGUUUUUUUUCUGCAGGCUCAGGUUUUAUCAUAGACAACCUAUGUAUUGAUUUUUCUUAUUUCCCAAAGUGUUUUCUGGAAAGGUUUAAGCUCCUUGAAGAAGAAUGUGAACAUACUGGUGAACAUUAUAGCAACUUGCUCACACAUUUUUAAUUGGCAAAAAAUAUUUUCUACCAAAUAUCUGUAAAAUAUAUGUAAUAUGAAAGUAACCAGUGGUACAAAUCCUAACAAUGCCUUGAUUUUUGCAAGAUAUCCUAAUAAAAUACCAGAUAUAUGUAGCGCAUAAGGGAGUCAACCAUUGCAACCCUUUUGAAAUAAUGGAGAAAAUCAGCAUUCUUAUUUUUACCAAUACUCCCUUUAUAAUUUUUUUGUGCCAUAUAUAUAGAGAUAGACCCUAAAAUUUUCAAUGAUAGUAUUACAUUAAAUAAAGUCUAGAAAUUAAUUUCCAAGUCCUUGAAAUAACCAAAAAUGAUUUCACAAAUGUGAAGUUUACGAUAGUUUUGUUAAUAUCAAUAACAGAAGUUUUAAUUUUUAAUUUAAAGUUGUGAUCCACAAAGAAUGACAACUCUUGCCUUGGGCUAGUACUUAUAAGUAGAUAUCUAUUAGUUUACUUCCCUUGCAAUUACACAACUGAGUGGAAAAUGAAAACUCUUUCAGACACAAUAUCAUACUUUUUUGCACAACAAAAUCAUUAAGGAUUUAUUCAUUUGUGUUUGAUUUACCCCUCAAGACAUGGUUCCUAUGAUUCUGUCAACUUACAUAUGGUAAAAAAUUAACUUUUAACAAGCCAAUAAUAAAAUGAAGUACCAGUAGGUAAAUAAUAGCGCAGAUAAUACAGUUUUGCUUGUAUCAAAAUGUCACAAUAGAUCCACUUUUGUAAUACAGAACACCUGGUAGGAUUAGUAAAGGUGCAAUUAUAUUGAUCUCUAUUUCCUAUGCCUAAUAUAUACAUUCUUUGCCAAACAUGGUGGAAAUGAAUAUGUUGAAAGAUUUCAGCACAACUGUGUGUAGUAAGCUUUUAAACAGACUGAUUUAAAACAAGAUGACAAGAAAUAAUAAUAUUAGAAUUAAUGAAAUUAUGCAAAAUUCUAGUCACAUAUUCAGAGUUAGUCCAAAAUUCUAAAAACUACUCUUUUUUUGCUUUUACAACAUUUGUGUUGCUCAGUUUAAAGGGAGACAUUGUGAGCUUAAAGGUAAAGAUGAUUUUUGGAUAGAUUGUUUAUCGUUACAGUGAUGUAAAUACAUACUGUAAAGUCAUUUAAUUUUGUGGCAUGCUUUUUUAUGGUUUUGAACAAAAUUGCUAUUUAAUAAAGGUAAGAAUUUAUGGAUUUCAUCUUUUGGUGAUAAAAUAAAUGGAAAUUGUAUAUUUUUUUUCAUUAAAAACAUGAAAUCAACAAAAAUUAGUCCCCUACAAAACAGAUGAUUUUACAGUAUGUACAAAUAAAAUGUCCUGUUUUGUAACAGCUGUUGCUAACACCAUUUUCUCUGUUUAAGUCGACUGAAAGUUUUUAUAGGAUAAACAUGGUCUAUGAACAUUGUGAAAAUAUGCUUGUAUAAUAAUAAGUCUUUCAGCCACAUCAUACCGGUAUAUAUGUUAAUGCUGUUCUUUUUUCUAUGAAAGUCAGAUGUACUCAAGAAUUUUUUAAAGAAGUGAAAUGUAAUGCUGAAUUUAAAACUAAAAUUUAGUAACUUUAAAAAUGGUAUAAUUAACUUUAGUUCAACUGCUGUACUCCGCUUCCUUAUUCACGUCAAGUGAAUCUCCCUUUAGAUUGAUUGUCCUAGAAAUUUGUAAUAACCUCAUUAUUCUAUGAUACAUAUGAUAACCACAGUUCUUUGAAACUUCUACAAAAAUUAGGAUAAAGGCCUGGAAUAAGUUCUUUUAAAGACUGUAGUGAAUUUAGGUUCCUGAAGUGAUGACUUGUAUUGUUUAGUUCAAUUGAGCUGUUGAAUGGCAUCCUUUCUGCACUGCUGCAGAGAAACUAAUUGUCAGUGUCUAAGUAAAUCCUGGCAAAUUUAUUGAAAUCUGUUAUGAUUGAAAUUUUACCUACCUUACCAUGAAGCUGGCUUCUCAAGCAGGAGCUCACUGCAGAGGAAUGAUUCUGUAACAAAUGAUUUAAACAGCAGGUUUAAAAAAAAACUUUGUUUAGUCCAGCAUGUAUGCAUACAAUGCUAAAACUAAAAGCAAUGUUAAAUUUUUGUGUCUACAGUGAUGACCGGUAUCUCUGUAACAGUGUCAUUAGUAGCUAAACUAUUCGAAGAAUAGGGGAGCUAUCCUACUCGCCCCGGGUCGGCGUGAGCGUCACACAAAUGUUAAAGUUUGCGUACCACCCCAAAUAUUUUCAAAGUCCAUCGACAUAUUGCUAUCAUAUUUUGCAUACUUGUUUACCAUCAUGACCCAAGUCUGUAAAAAGGAGGAGGCAACUCUAUCAAGCAUUCUGACUGAAUUAUGGCCCCUUUUUGACUUAGGAUAAAUGUUAAAGUUUGCGUACCACCCCAAAUAUUUUCAAAGUCCAUUGAGAUAUUGCUUUGAUAUUUUGCAUACUUGUUUACCAUCAUGACCCCAGUCUGUAAAAUAGGGAAGGCAACUCUAUCAAGCAUUUUGACUGAAUUAUGGCCCCUUUUCGACUUAGAAUAAAUGUUAAAGUUUGCGUACCACCCCAAAUAUUUACAAAGUCCAUUGAGAUAUUGCUUUCAUAAUUUGCAUACUUGUUUACCAUCAUGACCCCAGUCUGUAAAAAGGAGGAGGCAACUCUGUCAAGAAUUUUGACUGAAUUAUGGCUCCUUUUCGACUAAGAAUAUGCUUAUUGUAAUGUUAAAGUUUUAUUCAUUGCUUAUACUAUCAAGCACUGAGAAUAGUCGAGCGCGCUGUCCACUGACAGCUCUUGUGUAUGGAAAUGGUCUCGAAAAAAUGUCCCUACUGCGUAGUAAUAUAUUGAGUAUGUGAUUGUAGAUUAUUGUAUUCAUCAUUUUAGGUUAUAUUUUGUUCACUGCAUCAAGCUUUUGAAUACAUUUGUAUAUUUAAGUAGAUAAGUGGGCCUGUACUUAUUGAUAUCAAUUUUAUGAGCAAGACAUUUAGACGGAUUCAGUAAGUCAAGAGUUUUGAAUUGCAUUUACUUUAGCUCACCUUUACAGAGUUCACAGUUCUGUUAAACAGUGAUUGAACAUGGUAUUGUAGAUAUUGUACAAUUAUUGCCAUUAACCUUUAGCCCCCUAGCGGCAAGUGAUUCUGCCAGACAAAGAUCAGCCUACACAUCCAUGCAGGCUGACCUUGAUCUGCACUGGCCGCUUUUCAGUCAGUACAAUUUCAGUGAACAUCCCUUUGAAUAAUAGAGUUGCUAUUGUCCAUCUGUCUGUCCAAGUAUGUGUUGUUCUUAUCUCAAAAAAAUAUUUGACCCAGCUGUCAAACCUUACAGGAUUGUCAUUCAGCAUGAAAAGUUGUGCACCUGGUCUUUUAAAUAGGAUUUCACACAGCCGGACCAGACUUACAUAGCAGUUUACUUAGUCAAAAGUAUGACAUCCAAAUUUGUAUCAUACCUAUCAAAAAAAUAAUUUGACCAGUCGUUGAACCUCAGGAUUGUUGUUAAGCAUGCGAAGUUGUGCACCUGGUAUUUAGUUACAGCACUUUACUUAGUUGAAAAUAUGCAUAAGUAGGGCCUAAAAGUUUGUAUUGCAUGUAUCUCAAAAAGUAUUUAACCUAGGAUUAUAGAACACUAUAGCAUAAUAUAUGAAGUUGUUUUCCUAGGGUUUUGUUUGAGAUUUAACAUGGCCAGACCAGAGUUAUGGCCCUUGACUUAGUUGAAAGUAUGCAUUAGAGCAUAAGUUUGUGUUGCAUGAAUCUUAAAAUCAUAUUUCACUUAGUCAUGAAACAUGAUAGGAAUAUUACUCAGCAUGCGAGGCUGUGCACAUAGGGUUUUGUUCCAGAGUUCUGUCGGUCAGACCAAAGUUAUGUCCUUUGAUUUAGUCAGAAAUGUACAUAAAGGGCAAACAAGUUUGUGUCACAUGUAUUUCAUACUUAUAAUUUUCAAUGUAUGACAGUUAUAUAACUUUGGCUUGAAGACAUCCGUCUCGCCUACAUUUUUCUAAUCGUCCAUGCAGUCUUUACAGCCAAGCAGACAUUCUACUGAGUUAAAUAAUUGACGCCAUGAUUGAACUUUUUAGUUUGAACAAAAUUGAUAUGCCAGUUAGUAGCAGCUCACAUCACAGACUUAUUUGUACAUUCUGUAUAACACAAAAACAACAAUGUCAAUUUUGUAUAUUGUUACAUUUAUUUAAAUAUAUUGUAAAGACAAAUUUUAUGUAUAAAUAAAAAUGUUUCAAAUAUUUGAAAUUGAUUAUU